UCUGCUGGAGAAUCCACCUCUUCUCGAUUUCUCAUCCACCCUUGGCUCGGACAUAUGCAAGGGAUGCAGUUUGAGGUAUUUAAAGCGAGAUUCCCCUCGCAGGCAAGAGCCAAGGUCUCAUUCCUCUCCAAGAAUGCAAAACCCAUUGGCGCGAAUGGUGCCAAUUUGAUUCAAACGGCUAGGUUUUGGUUACUGCAGGCCAGACAUGUCGCGACCAGGAGUGUCUCUCAAUUACUAUUAAAGGCCAUCCAGCCCUGUCAUCGAACAUGGCCUCCCCGCCGGACAAGGGAUGGGUGACACUUGAUCCUGGACCUCUAGGAAGAGACAUGGGCCUGCAGUCUUCCAAAACUUCUAGCCGUUUGAAUCAAAUUGACAGAAUCCGCGCCAAUGGGGUCGGCGACCGCAUUGCCUUGCCGCAGCUGGUGGUCGGCGGGGACCAGUCUGCUGGCAAGAGCUCCGUCCUCGAAGGCAUCAGCGGGAUUCCCUUUCCUCGCCAGGAUGACCUCUGCACGCGGUUUGCGACGGAGAUCAUUCUGCGCCAUGAUCCCAGUGACCCCCGAAUCACAGCCAGUAUCAUUCCGCAUCGCUCCCGGAGUGAGGAGGAGAAAGUCCGUCUCGGAGCGUUCCGGCACGAGCUGAAGGACUUUUCGACCCUGCCAGACAUCAUUGACCAGGCAGCCAGGCUGAUGGGACUGCGUGGCUCUCGCGGCGGGUCUGACACUGGCUCCAACACUGAAUCGGACUCUGACGCAGACGGUGAUGCACCAGCGUUCGCUGCCGAUGUCCUCCGACUUGAGCUGGUGGGAAAUACCGGGCUGCAUCUCACAAUCGUUGAUCUCCCAGGAUUGAUCGCCGUGUCGGACAAUGAGGAAGAUGUGGCAACCGUGGAGAGGCUGGUCGACUCGUACCUCAAGAACCCACGAAGCAUCAUCCUCGCAGUGGUUCCCGCAAGCAGUGACGUCGACACGCAGGGCAUCAUCCAGCGUGCUCGUCGCUUCGACCAGGAAGGUGUCCGCACCGUGGGAAUCAUAACUAAGCCCGAUCUUAUCAACGCCGGUACGGAGUCUCGCGUGGCUCGUCUGGCGUUGAACCAAGAUCGGACUAAGCUCAACCUGGGUUUCUUCAUCCUCAAGAAUCCCAGUCCCAGUCAGCUUCAGGCUGGCAUGACUUUGUCGCAGCGCCGCAAGGUCGAAAUGGAUUUCUUUUCCAGCCCCGUCUGGACGGAACAGGGACUUGAUUCCUCCCGCAUCGGAAUCGAUAAUCUUCGCACAUAUCUGCAAGACCUCCUGGAUAGCCACAUCCAGCGAGAGAUGCCCAAGGUUCGCAAAGAGGUACAACAGCUUCUCAACAAUGUCACCCGCGAGCUGAACGAGCUCGGUACAGAGCGCAAGUCACCGGGCCAGAUCCGCAUGUACUUGACUCGCACAAGCACGGAUUAUUCCAAUCUCGUGAAAGCGGGUGUGGAAGGCAACUACGGUGGCCGUGACGCAAAAUUCUUCCAGAUUGAAGACGACGAGAUGUUUGUCCGUCUCCGAGCCGAGAUCCAUCUGGAGAACGAGAAGUUCGCGAACCAUAUUCUCGAUUAUGGCGAGAAAAGGAAGAUGGGCUCCACAUUUGGUGAAGAUGAUUCAGAGCAAGAAAGCCAGCAGGAGGGAUCUCAGCUCUUCGUCACGGAGAAGGAAAUGACAAGCUGGAUUGAACAGGUCUAUCAUCGCACCAGAGGCCAAGAGCUGCCAGGCAACUACAACCCGGCGCUGUUGACUGAGCUGUUCCACGAGCAGUCCUGUCUCUGGGCCCAGAUCGCCCGAGAACACGUCCAGGUUAUCUCCCGGACGGUGACCAAGUUCAUGGAAAGGGCACUGGGGUAUGUAGUCAAGGACUCGCAAGUUCGGGAGAAUCUGAGCCGUUUCAUUCGCGGUGUCCUCCAAAGUAACCUCCGGGCUGCGGAGGAAGAGCUGGAAAGACUGCUUGAAGACGAAGCGCGCCAGCCCAUCACAUACAACCAUUAUUACACCGACAAUAUCCAGAAAAGCCGCCACGAUCAGUCGAAGGCCGCGCUGCAAAAGACGGUACGGCAGGCCAUCGACAAAGACUGGGGCGGCGUAUUGCACUUCCAGAACUCGAUUGCGGAGAUUAACCGGCUGGUAGCCUCGCUGCAGCGGCACACAAUCGUCGACAUGGGCAAGCAGGCGUGUGCCGACGCCCUGACAGACCUCAAGGCAUAUUAUAAAGUCUCCCGCAAGACGUUUGUCGACAACGUCUGCCGGCAGGUGGUUGAACGGCACCUCCUCGCUCAUCUGGCCGAUGGGUUCAAUCCGAUGACCGUGCUGGAAUACACCGAUGAGGAUCUGCUGCGUCUGGCUGCUGAGUCGCCUCGCAUCGCUGAUCGUCGGGCUGAGGCUCUUAAACUUCGCGAUGCUCUCGAGAAGAGUCUCCUUGACCUUGCAGAGUGACUUCAUUUCUUGUUUUGUGUUGUGGUUUUCUGUUUCUCCGUGGUUUUUUCCUUGGUUUCUUCGGACUGCCAUGCUUUUUUCAC